AUGAAAAAUAGUUUGAGUAUUUUAUUGUUCUCCUCGAUUGCUCUGUGCAGCGUUAAUGCCGAUCCAUGGACCUACCCUUUGGAGAACCUCUGGCCCAAGUGUGGAGGAUUUUACCAAUCGCCCAUUGAUGUAGUUUUUAGUGAGGUAGUCGCAAUUGCAUUCGAUGCAUUGUUGUUUGAAAAUAUUGGGCCACUAUAUCUAAUAGAUCUCCACAAUAAUGGCCGCUAUGUAACUGGUCAUUUGGUGGGUCCCCUCUCCAGGCCUGCAGUGCGCAUUGGAAAUGGCCCACGAUAUAAAUUCGACCAUUUCCGCUUCCAUUGGCGUUAUAAUGGCGCUCCAUCAUCGGAAAACUCCUUUAAUGGUCAACACUUUUAUUGUGAAUUCCAUUAUGUAUUUAUCAACGAAAACUAUUUGGACUUCGACGAGGCCAGUAAUCAUCCUGAUGGGCUGUUAAUUAUUAGUGUUGUAUGCAUUAUAGAUGAGCUCAUCGAUGCAUCGUUAUUGACAGCACUCGUGUCGGCAGUCCAAGCAAUUGUGAACUUUGACUCUUAUGCAUAUGCCGUUGAUGUUCCACUCUUCGAUUUCAUUGAGGAUCUAUUGUCACCAGAUUCUAACCAUCAUUACUUUAAAUAUAGGGGUUCUUUGACAACACCGCCAUGUGCGGAUGCCGAUAUUAUUCUUUUGAAAAAUCCACAACAUAUUCGUAGAUAUGAGUAUGAUUUCUUCCUACCAUUGCGGGAUGAAAAUAAUUUACCGAUUUAUACAAAU